GAGAAGCGUGUAGUAGCGAGGGGUCAAGGUCACCGGUCCUGGGUCAGUGUUGUAACCUUUGACCUUUACAAUCUUGCAUACGGAGAUAUACCUGACGGUCUGGACUUCUCAGGAUCUGAAGAGGAGGUGGGAUUAGGUUUACCCCAGUCUAUAAACUCUCCACCCCCCACCCCUAGACUUCAGGCAGAGAAGGGGUGUGUCUCCUCCUCCCCGCCCAGGGUAGCCAGGGGCACCAGGGUUAGGCAGGGGGAGGAGGGGGACACGCCCAUCAACUCAGAAAAUCAAAGACCGAUGUUGCCGGGUGAGAGGCGAGGGGCGGAGGAUGAAGACCGGAGACGGCGGAAGGUUUCUUGCCGAGAUUCCGCUGUCGAGGAUCACAACGUUACUUGCUACAGGUUCGGAAGUGUGGGACAGGAUACAAUGUUAUGUUUAUGGGAUCUUACAGAAGACAUACUUAAACUUUCACAGAGUAUGGUUAAGUGUAAGACAAAAAGUAAAGAUGAGGCAAGUAGUGUCUCCUCAAAGGACUCAGGUUUAGUCGCAGAUAAUGGAAGCAGUGGUACUGGUUCAGUCAGUUCAGAGAAGCCUAGUUCCUCGUCAAGUUUGUCACAAAAACUUUCAACUUUAAACUUCUCUUCUCCUCAUUCUAAGGAUAAUGCCGGACACAAGCGAGCCUUCUCUCUGCCUGGUCGGGGAGAGAAGAAGGAGGGGGCGGGGAAGGGAGGGCGGGAUACCGGGGGGCGGAGCCAGGGGUUCCCAGAUACAGCUGUGCAAGAUACAUUAGGCUCUCCAGGAUGCCCCCGGCUGCAUGAGACGCCUGUUCUUGAACCUGCAGUUAUGAAGAAAAUAGCACACGAAAGACUUACUGCCUUGAUAUUCAGGGAGGAGUGUAUAGUAACAGCAUGUCAGGAGGGGUAUGUGUGUACAUGGGCCCGUCCUGGUCAUCUUACAGCAACCCAUCAUCAUCAUCAACAUGGUCAGCCUUCUCCAGGUAAAUUUGCUGAACCUUGCCUGUCCCUGUUACGUAUUAGACCACAACCUAUCAUAUCAUCAUCAUCAACAUGGUCAGCCGUUUCCAGGUUAAUUUGCUGAACCUUGCCUGUUCCU